CGUCCCCCUCCCUCGCUCGCUCUCCCCCAAUUCCCCUUCCUCUCCGUCGCCUGAGCUCCCUCCCUCCCCGCACUGCGCGUAGGCGGCCGCUGCCCACCCUCCCCACUCCUGGUGCUGCAAGCGGUGCCCCGCCCUCCCUCCCCGCUCCUGGCAAGCGAGCGGCCGCGACUGGCGGGCAGGUGAGCGGCGCCGGGGGCCAGGCCGCCAGCGGCCGCAGCGAUUGGGCAGGUGAGCGGCCGCAGGGGCCAGGCCGGCGAGCAGCUUCGGCGGCCGGGGCGACGAGCAGCAGGAGGGAGGCAGAAGAGCGACGCCGGUGGCGAGCAAAGCAUUUGCGUGUCAGCGUGAGGGCAGAAUCGUCAUUUCGCCAUCCAUCUCCCACUAUCUAACGGGGCCUAAAUAAGUGCAUAGCGCCCCCUCCCCAACCCGCCCAUUGCGCGAGUCUGCUCUAGGGUUUUUGCCGCCGCCGCCGCCGCCGCCUCUCUCUUUCCCCCGGAUCCCCUCCCACCCACCGUACACCAAGAUGACGGAGCAGACCGCCGAGGAGCUCGCCGCCCAGAUCGAGCAGCAGAAGCUCGAGGAGCAGAAGAACGAGGCAGAGGAGGUUGUGGUUGAGGACGAGGAUGAUGACGACGAGGACGACGACGAUGAUGACAAGGAUGAUGAUGAGGGGCAAGAAGGUGAUGCCAGUGGCAAAUCAAAGCAAAGCAGGAGCGAGAAGAAGAGCCGCAAGGCCAUGCUGAAGCUUGGCAUGAAGCCCAUUACUGGUGUCAGCCGUGUCACCGUGAAGAAAAGCAAGAAUAUACUGUUUGUCAUCUCCAAGCCAGAUGUGUUCAAGAGCCCGAACUCUGAUACCUAUGUCAUCUUCGGUGAGGCCAAGAUCGAGGACCUCAGCUCCCAGCUGCAGACCCAGGCUGCUGAACAGUUCAAGGCUCCUGACUUGAGCCAGAUGAUCUCCAAGCCUGAAACAUCUGGCCUUGGCCAGGAGGACAACGAGGAGGAGGUCGACGACACUGGUGUCGAGCCCAAGGACAUUGAGCUGGUGAUGACCCAGGCAUCCGUCUCAAGGCCCAAGGCUGUCAAGGCUCUCAAGGCAGCCGAGGGCGACAUUGUCACUGCCAUUAUGGAGCUGACAAAUUAGAGUUUUAUUUUUGUUGCGGUCGAAAGCCCCUUCCCCCAAUUUGUAGUGUUAUGCAGCUUGAGUGUUAUCUGUGGACCAUAAUGCUUAGAUAAUUUUAUCAUGCUUGCUUGCACUUCGAUUAAGUUCAUCACAACAUGGUUCACUUCGUUAAGGUCAUCGCGACAUGGUUCUCUUCGGUUAAGGUCAUCGCAACAUGGUUCCAUCUUUUCUGGUUUGCUUACAGCAACAGUCUAUAGCUUAAUGCUGUUUCUCUCUGGCAUUGAUAUAAUGAUAUUUCAGCCA